GGCGUACUCGGAGGAGUGUGGAUAAUCACAAAGGCCCACAGAAAAGAGCUCACUCACCACAUUCUCUUAACCCAACAUGUUUAGACAUUUGCAUGAUAGACCUAGGAUAGGGCGAGGGUUAGUUCCCCGAAGUAGCUGCUUUUAUCAUUGUGUAUUCUCUCUACUAGUUAUUUCACUUGAAUCCUCCAACACAACCCAUUAAACCGAUCAGCUAGAUAACAACAACGUGGGAAGUAGGCUAGGGUACCGGGACCCGAGUGAAUACGACAUUGAUUGCCACUAUAUGACAACACCAUUAUAGGUUAAACUUUUCAUAUAAUAGGGUAGUUAUUUAUACAUGCAAACUACUGACAAUGACUUGCAUGAAAUGAAUCAAUCAGAAUAAUAGAUUAUAUAAUAAUACUAUAAAUGUAAUGAAAUUUACAACCUUUUUUAUGAUAGUUCUCAAGCUUUGGUUCAAACCAAACCAUUAUACUUCCUUACAAUGUCGUCCUAGUACCUAAAUAUCAAAAGGCUAAACAAUCAAUUUAAACGUUAGCUUCUAAGUUUUUUUUUUUACCGGAUUCGAGGGAUUUUACUUUUUACUUGGGCUUUUGGUGCAAAAAGGUUUUUUAACAAAAACUACAAUAUUUGAAGAAUCCAAAGCGUAUAAGCAGGCUAAAAAUGAUGAACACCCCAGACCAAACUAAUUUUCUUUGAUUUCAAUCUCCACAAGACUGGCUAAUGAUGACUCAAUGUCAAUCACAAACAUGCAGUGAUGGGGAUGUGGCAUCAUUAAAAUCAAACCUCAAUUGCCAUUCCUGAUCAGUAGUCGAAGGAAGAUGAGAGAAGAAAAGGAGAAAAACAUGAACAGAAGAAAUUCUCAGCAAGUGAUGCGGACCUGUGGGAAGAAAUGGGAAAUAUAUGUGCUGGCUGAAUGAAACCCUUAACAAACUCUAAUAACGCAAUUAUGGAGGACAGCAAGUCUGCUGCUAAUUUUUCCAUUCGCUGCUAACGUCAAAAACGCUCCAUAAUGGUUUCUGUUUUGGGGGAGGGUAGGCCACGGACCAAAAUAUUUGUCUAGUUUCCUCUUAUGAAAUUUAAAUCAAAUUAAUAACAAUAUUUUUUAACGAAAAAUAGUUUGUAUUAUCAAGAUAACAAGGAUGCAACGUUCAAUUUUAUUUCAUUGCACCUACAUCAAUGCAAUUCACUUGUUAUUGCAUAUACACGAUUUUAAAUGACUUUAUAAUAAAUAAAAUAAAUAAAUCAAAGGAAAAAAUAAAUUAUAGUUUUUUUUUUCUUGUGACUUGUAUCUUCAAUUUCAUAUCAUGCAAGCUUACAUCUUUGAAGUGCCCACUACGAGAUGGUGCAAUCCUCUCUGUGAUUAUAUAUUUAGUGUUAUGUAGGAUUUGCAAUUGAGUGGAUAUUAUUGAUGUACAUGCUCUUAUAGUCUUAUUUGUGACAAUUGAUGACUAUAGGUGUGAAGAGAGAAUGAAUUUUCUUAUUUCAAAUAUCAUCUCACCAUUACUUGUUCUAUAAAAAAGGUUUUACUUGUGUAUGGGAAUUAGAUGAAUCCAUAAUACUGUUGCUUAAUUUGAGACCGUGGUUCUUGGCUUCUUGCAUCCUUUUCGUAAAAAUGUCACACCUUUGCUAAUUAUUGGUGGUGGAUGAUAAUUAUGGUAGGUAUUCAUAAGGUUCAUGCUCAUGAACAAUAAUUGAUUGGACAUGUAAACACUUGAAUAAAAUAUACGGAAUCAAUCCACUUUUAUUACUUAAUAAUUACCAAUUAAUUUAAAUUCAAAAGAAUAAUCUAAUGAUAAUAAAAAUAAAAAUGAACGCUCACUGCAAGUCAAUUAAAAUUGGAGGGUCAACUUGAUAGUUCAAUAUAAGACGGGACGAAAAUUUAGAAUUUAUUCAACUAAAAAGAAAAUUGGGAAUUUAGUUUUGAAGUUUGAAUGAAAAAUUGUGAAAAUAAGGGCUUAAUUGGAUUUUUUUUUAAUUAUAAGUACAUCUAUGUUUUAUACUUAGCAAAAAUUGAUUUGUGGUGUAAUGAAUAACAUUUCUCUAAUAAUUACAGUGUUAUGGGCUUUUUUUAUUAGAAUAAAAAUUAUCAUUAAGCGCCAAGACACCUAGGUCCUCUCAAAAGUACUCUGUUACAAUCUAUGAGAACAACUUCAUCUAUACAGUAACUAUACUUUAUGGAAAAAAUCUAUCAAGAACCGGAGCAAGCUGCAGACUUUUUGUAACUAAGUAGUCAACCUCGAGCCGGUUUCUAGCAACUAACUGCUUGGGAGUAGAGAUUCCACCAUCAUCAUACCAAUGACGACAACGUUUCUUUCAUGUCCAAUGACCAGCCUCCAUAGGAGCUUGCCAACUCGAACAUAGUCUGAACGUCCCUGCCAGUCUGCCACAUUCUUGAUGCCCAUGUUAUGUGUGAAUCCCAGUAACUGGAAAUCUGGAAUACAAACAUGGAAGACAACUUGCAUUGUGUAGAGAAAAAAAGUACACCCACAAAAUAGAUGCUCUAUACUCUCUAAACCACCCGGGCAAAGCAUACAACACCCAGAAAGUGGCAUUUUCUUCCAAAUUUUAAAUAUUACUAAGAUAUUUCUAAAUUCUACGGGUGUCCCAAGACACCUAAAAACGCCAUGAAUCUGCUCCGACCCAAACUCAAACCAGGUCCAUGAUAGGAUCCAUAACCCCUUAGUUAUCCAUUAUGCCUAACUAGAUUUGGUCAUUUGAUUUUAAGUUGGGAGAGAUCUAAGCGAUGAGAAUUAAUGGUUUUUUUCUUCUUACAUUUUGAAUCGACUUUUAUUUCAAUUUUUUUUUCCAUAGAUUGAACGAGUUCGUUGUGAUCUACAAAAUUAUAUUCGUUUUCGGUAUAUUUCAAGAAACAAUUUCAUACCACCCAUACCACUUGUUGCCACCUUCAUACUAUUUCAUUUUUCAAUUUUAACCCGAAUUUUGAAAUUUUUUGAAAACGAGUUUAUGGUGAUCUAUUAUAAUUUAUAUCUACAAAUUUUUUAGAAUUGUUUUUUCAUAACCAAAUAUAUCAUCCUACACUACCCCAACUAUGGCUAGUGUGUUAAUAACUAACUCGACAUAAAAUGACAUAUUAACCACUAAUAUAUUCCUACUAUCAUGUAUACAAUCAUUCCAUACUACGUGCUAAUUAAAUCAAGAUCAUUACUUGGUUGGUCAAAUGAGUCUGACAUGUCAAUCCCAUGAACCAAAAAAGCAUCGUGAUGUUCUCCUCCAUAACCGGAGAAUCCCCUCGGCACUAUGCUGUCACUAAUCCCACCACUCCUCUCGUUCCAUUCCCUCCCUCUUCAAACAAUCCAAUCCUGCAGUUUCCCGAGAUUCAACCUCGCUCCCUUUUUCAGACCAUAUUUUCUACAAUUAUAAAAUUGUUAUCAGUAAUAAUGAACGUCCUUUCCUUCUUUUGCAAUACAGCGCGUUGAUUCCUGACAGCACACACAAACAUUGGAAACCAACCACUCUCCCCAGUCCAGCAAUUUCCCUCCUCUAUUAAAAAGCUUUCAGGUCAACCCUUUAACAUUCAUACAAUCUCAGAGACCCAUCUGCAGAAGCUCAUGGAGGAGACCUUCGUUCCCUUCCAAGGGAUCAAGAACGAUCUCCGGGGAAGGUUGCUCUGUUACAAGCAGGACUGGACCGGCGGCCUCAGAGCUGGUUUCAGGAUUUUGGCUCCCACUACUUACAUCUUCUUCGCUUCUGCAAUUCCGGUCAUCUCCUUCGGUGAGCAGCUCGAGAGGAGCACCGGUGGAGUUCUGACGGCGGUUCAAACCCUGGCAUCCACCGCCCUCUGCGGAAUCAUACAUUCCAUCAUAGGAGGCCAGCCGCUGCUCAUACUCGGAGUGGCAGAGCCCACCGUGAUCAUGUACACGUUCAUGUUCAAUUUCGCCAAGGAGCGGCCUGAGCUCGGACCCAACUUGUUCCUCGCUUGGUCUGGCUGGGUGUGCGUGUGGACGGCGCUUCUGCUGUUCGCGCUGGCAAUCCUCGGAGCAUGCUCCAUCAUCAACAGGUUCACCCGCCUGGCAGGGGAAUUGUUUGGCCUCCUCAUAGCUAUGCUCUUCAUGCAACAGGCAAUUAAGGGACUCGUGGACGAAUUUCGGAUUCCGGAACGUGAGGAUCCAGAAUCUGUGCAAUUCAUCCCUUCCUGGAGGUUCGCCAACGGGUUGUUCGCCCUGGUUCUGUCGUUCGGCCUCCUCCUCAGCGCGUUAAAGAGCCGGAAGGCAAGGUCUUGGCGCUAUGGCUCUGGCUGGUUGAGGAGCUUAAUUGCAGACUAUGGAGUGCCCUUGAUGGUUUUGGCAUGGACAGCUGUGUCUUACAUACCAACUAAAAGUGUACCUCAAGGGAUUCCUCGACGACUUUUCAGCCCGAAUCCAUGGUCCCCUGGUGCUUAUGAUAAUUGGACAGUCAUCAAGGAAAUGAUGGACGUUCCUGUUCUGUACAUAGUUGGGGCUUUCAUACCUGCAACCAUGAUUGCUGUGCUGUACUAUUUCGACCACAGUGUAGCUUCCCAGCUUGCUCAGCAGAAAGAGUUCAACUUGAGGAAGCCUUCUUCUUACCAUUACGACUUGCUCCUCUUGGGAUUCUUGACAUUGUUGUGUGGUCUGCUAGGGAUUCCGCCUGCAAAUGGAGUCAUUCCACAGUCCCCUAUGCACACCAAAAGCUUGGCCACUCUCAAACAACAGUUGCUACGAAACCGGCUAGUUCAAGCAGCUCGAAGGAGCAUCAGAAACAAUGCAAGCUUGGGACAGCUAUAUGGGAACAUGCAAGAAGCCUAUCAAAAUAUGCAAACCCCUCUAAUCUACCAGCAGCCUUCGCAAUCACAAGGUCUGAAGGAGUUUAAGGAGUCGACCAUCCAAACAGCUACAUGCACGGGGCAGAUCGAUGCCCCAAUCGACGAGACAACGUUCGACAUAGAGAAAGAGAUCGACGAUCUACUGCCCGUCGAGGUGAAAGAGCAACGGGUCAGCAACCUGCUCCAAUCGGCCUUGGUUGGAGGUUGCGUUGCAGCCAUGCCAUUGCUCAAGAGGAUCCCCACGUCGGUCCUUUGGGGAUACUUUGCCUUCAUGGCCAUUGAGAGCCUGCCAGGAAACCAGUUUUGGGAGAGGAUCCUGUUGCUCUUCACAGCUCCAAGCAGGAGAUACAAGGUUCUUGAGGAUUACCAUGCCACAUUCGUCGAAACGGUGCCCUUUCGGAGCAUUGCAACCUUCACCAUCUUCCAAACUGCAUACUUGCUCGUGUGCUUUGGUCUCACAUGGGUUCCAAUUGCCGGCGUUAUGUUCCCUCUCAUGAUCAUGCUUUUGAUCCCGGUGAGACAGUACCUUCUGCCGAAAUUCUUCAAAGGUGCACACUUGCAGGACUUGGAUGCAGCAGAAUAUGAGGAGGCUCCUGCCCUGCCAUUCACUCUAGCUACAGAGACAGAGCUGGGGGCUGGUGCUGCAAUGGCAGGGGACAGUGAGAUUCUGGACGAAGUGAUCACUCGCAGCCGCGGCGAGUUCAGGCACAUAAGCAGCCCCAAGAUCACAAGCUGCACAGGAACUCCAACAGCACUUGAUCACAGAGGCAACUUGAGCCCGCGGAGCUCGGUCACAUACAGCCCUCGGGCGAGUCGGCUGAAAGGGGAGAGAAGUCCUAAAUCUGGUGGCCGAACGCCAGGGAGUCCCUGGACCAUAAAUGGAGUGGAUUCGAGGAUGUCGAAUUUGGGGAAGAGCCCUUCUGCUUCCUCGGAGAAAUGAGUUUCAGAGAUGGGGGUGGGGUUUUACUACAGAAUUUGCAUAAUGGUAGAGCUAAAGAGUUUGAAUGGCUCCAAAGUGUAUAUGAAAAUAGUGAUCGUCUAUAAGAAGCAUGAUCUCUAAUAUUUUGAGUUUGCGCGCUUAAUCAAUUUCAUCAGAUUCCAACAACAUGUUGCAGAACAUAAGGACAUCCAAAAUAUCAAAGAUUUUUGUGAGCUCUGUUCUUCCCAGAAUUUCCAAGUUACAGGAUACGAAGGUAAUGAUUAUUUAUUAGCCCAACAUUUUUCGGAUUUUUUUAAUUAGUCAAACCUAUCCAAAUGCUAUUAAAUAGUUAAAUGUUAA